AUGACUAAAAUUAUCGACAAGAUAAAGGAGCUCAAAGGAGAACCUUUCUAUUCGUUUGAAUUUUUUCCCCCGAAGACCGACAAUGGUCUAAGAAACCUUUUGGCUCGUCUGGGAAGAAUGUCCAUGUUGAACCCUCUGUUUGUGACCGUUACCUGGGGAGCAGGCGGUACAACUUCAAGCAAAACAUUAGACCUUGCAAUCACUUGUCAAAAAGAUUUGGAUCUCACUACGUGUAUUCACUUGACUUGCACAAACACCAGCAAGAAACUGAUCGAUAAUGCAUUGAAAGCCGCUUACGACAAUGGAAUCAAGAAUAUAUUAGCACUUAGAGGUGAUCCACCUCGAGAGGCUCAGGAAGUUGCAGUUGACCAAGACUUCAAAUACGCUAUAGAUCUUGUCCGUUAUAUUAGAGGGCAAUACGGGGAUUACUUUUGUAUCGGUGUUGCUGCGUAUCCUGAAGGUCAUGUAGAGGGAAACGAUGACUCGGAACAAUCUAUUGAUCAUGAUAUGCCAUAUCUGCUGGAAAAAAUCAAUGCAGGCGCUGAUUUUGUCGUGACGCAACUGUUUUAUGAUGCUGACAAGUUUUGUACCUUUUACAACACUUUAAAGCAACGCCUGGGUAGGGACGUCGUGGUCAUCCCCGGAUUAAUGCCCAUUAAUACAUACCAACUAUUUCAAAGAGCAACUAAUCUCAGUCAUGCUUCUAUUCCUCCAGCCGUUGGUCAACUGUUUCCUCCUGAUGUGAGACAUGAUGAUGAUAAAGUCAAAGAUAUUGGUGUUAAGUUGAUGAUUGAUAUUGUUGAUCAAAUUUACAAUGAAACGCAUGGUGAGGUCAAUGGGUAUCAUUUUUAUACCCUGAAUCUGGAGAAGUCAGUCGCUCAAAUUGUUGACAAAUCAAGUCUUCUCUCUCCGAGGCUGACAGUAAGCUCAAGAUUUGAGAAUGCAAUUGAAUCUUCGUCCGAAGAUGAAAAAGAGCAAAAUCAGCAGACGAAAACCAUCAUUGCCAUCUCAUCAGGUGAAGGUACAAUGGGUAAGGAAGCUACAUGGGAUGAUUUCCCUAAUGGUCGUUAUGGUGACUCUAGAUCUCCGGCUUAUGGUGAAAUCGAUGGUUAUGGACCUUCAUUGAAAGUUAGCUCUUCAAGAGCCUACAAACUAUGGGGCUAUCCAGUUGAUCUGGAUGAUAUUACUAAGAUUUUUAUUGCUUAUCUUUCAAACAGAAUAACGGCUCUUCCAUGGUCAGAGUUGGGAUUGAACCCCGAAACGGGUUUGAUCCAAGAGGAGCUUAUCCAACUUAACGAAAAGCAUAUGUUUACAAUCUCAUCCCAACCUUCUGCAAAUGGAGUCAAAUCUACUGACAAGCUUUUUGGAUGGGGUCCGUCUGAGGGUUACGUGUACCAAAAGGCUUUUGUUGAGGUGUUCAUCAACAAAAAGCAAUGGAAUGAAGAAAUUCUGCCCAACUUGCAAGGACAUAAAUCGGUAACCUGGUAUCUGGGCGAUUGUAACAAUGCCUUUGACACUAAUAUCAAGAUUCCCUUGUCUUCCAACUCAGUUACUUGGGGUUGCUUCCCAGAUAAGGAGAUUGUGCAAACGACGAUUAUUGGAGAGGAAUCCUUCCAAGCAUGGAACGAGGAGGCGUUCAACAUAUGGAGAGAAUGGCAAAAACUUUACCCUAAGAAUACUGCCAGUUACAACCUACUUGGUUCGAUCAUCAAUAACUUUUAUUUGGUUACAUUAAUUAAUCACGAUUAUGCAAAUGAUAAUAAUAACUUGUGGGAGAUCCUAUUGCAGUAG